AUGGUGUGGGUGUAUGUCGUCGGUGGUGUGCUUUUUGUCGUUGCUCUGAUUGUUGCUGCAUCCAUCUGCUUUGUAGUUAAUAAAAAGAAGAUUGAUCCGCUGAAGAGUGUUAAAGUAGGAGACUCGACUGUAGCGAAGUCGAAAGUGGACGAGAAGACGAAGAUGAAAGAGAAGACGAAGGUGGACGAGAAAACGAAAAUGAAAGAGAAGACGAAGGUGGAUGAGAAAACGAAAAUGAAGGUGGACGAGAAAACGAAGACGAAGGAGAAGCCGAAGGCUGGCCAGCGCAAGUGACGGGAGGACUAUAAAAGAAGCAAAUGUGUUCAGGAUAGGAUAAACUAAUAAAUCAAAGAUGAGGGUGUUGAAGAGAGAAGUCAAAAUAAUUAUGUUUUUCUCUCAAAAAUAAAUAUUUAUCUAUAUCACCCUAAUAUACCUAUACUUGUCCAAAAGUGUUGUUAAUAUAUUUUUAUGUUUCCUCUAAAGAUCUAUGUUUGUAAUGUUUCUAUAGUUUGUUUGUAUUGUUGUUGUAAUUGUUAAAUAAAUUGUUGUGUUUGUAGAAAAACCGGGGGAAAAACAAACAUUGACAAAAAUCAGAAUAUUCUAAGAACAUUAAAAUCAGAAAAACUGAAAACACUUCAAAACAA